CGGGGCACGGUGAGACGGAGAUUUUUAUCAACUUUGCAGACAACUGGCGGGAAUUUGAGGAUGUUGCUGAAUGUCACCAACCAAUCAGAGGAUGCCUUCUCCUGCUACAGCGCUUCAGUGGAAGGCUACCGCUACUUUGCAGUCCUGUGGGGAUGCGCGGUCACCAUCACCGGUACGGUGGGGAACCUGAUGACCAUUCUGGCCUUCGCUAUGGACUCACAACUGAGGACCCGCUUUAAUGUGCUAAUCGUCAACCUGGCUGUGGCUGAUCUCCUCUACUGCACCAUUCUGCAGCCAAUCUCCGUAGAUUCCUAUCUGUACCUCAGAUGGCGCAGCGGCGAGCUCUGGUGCAGGACCUUCGGCCUGCUCCUCUUCCUGUCUAACUCAGUCUCCAUUAUCACUCUCUGCCUUGUAGCAAUGAGUCGAUACAUCCUGGUUGCUAAAAGGGCCUUGUUUAACCGGAUUUUUUCAGACUGCGGGCUGGUUUUCCUCCUCUUGUCGACAUGGGCGCUCGGACUUGCCAGCUUCGGCCCGCUCUGGUCCGUUUAUGUGUUUGUGCCUCAAGUUUGCACAUGCAGCUUCCAUCGUACCAGGGGUCGUCCCUACAGCACCAUCCUGCUCUUUUUCUACUUUUUCGUCGGACUGGGCUGCGUAGGCACUUUCUAUCUCCUCAUUUAUCGGCGCGUCCGGGUUGCUUCAAAGGCCCUGCUCCGUUACAGGCUCAGCAGGCGGUCUUCUAAAAAGAAACCGCCCCUCUCUGCACCAGGCACUGAUGACAGUGGUGUGGAGAGUGGGAUGGCCACUGCGAGCACUGAGCUAAGCAACCAGGGCAAACUCAUGCAGAGUAAAGAGGAUGUCAAUAGUGACAAUGCACCCUUCGAAGCACAGGACGAGCCAAUAAAUCAAUUGGGAGGAAGCAAGUCAAUUCCUGAUGUUGUCAAUAAGCCACAUUCAAGCCCACCUGCGCCCAACUCUGCGGCAUCCCACACAGCAUCCUCAGGAGACGAUGGAGAAUUUAGGCGCGUGACUCGCAUGUGUUUUGCGGUUUUCUUGUGUUUUGUGUUUUGCUUCGUCCCCUUUAUGUUACUUAAUAUUGUUGAUAAGAGUGGUCGUGCCCCGCAGGUGCUGCACAUGUUCUGUGCAAACCUCACCUGGCUCAACAGCUGCAUCAACCCUGUGCUCUACGCUGUCAUGAACCGACAAUUCCGACGAGCCUACCAAUUGCUGCUCACCAGGGCAGUGACACCAUUCACAUGCCGCUAGAUUCAGGGCUCAUAGAUUCCCUCAACACAAAAAAGUUUUUACAAGAACUGGAGAAAUAUUCUAUUGAUAUUUACAUAUCACAAAAUCCAUAGAUGAGAAACAACGUGCUAUAGGAAUAUUUAUUGAUUAAAAAAAAGCACUUGAUACAAUUAAUCAUCAAUAAUUAAUCAGCAAAUUAGAUAAAUAUGACAUUAGGGGAAUAGUUUUAGAUUGGGUUAGGGGCCAUUUAUCUAAGAGGAGACAAUUUGUUAAACUAGGGGAUUUUUGUUCUUCUCACCUAGAUAUUGUGUGUGGGGUCCCACAAGGGUCAGUGCUGGGGCCUAAAUUGUUUAUUUUGUAUAUUAAUGAUAUUUGCAAUGUGUCUAAGUUAUUGAAAUUGGUUCUUUUUGCCGAUGACACGAAUAUUUUUUGUUCAGGAGAGAAUUUAAAGAAAUUACAGGAUGGGUAAAUUGAACAUUUGGUUUGAUUUAAAUAAAUUAUCUUUAAACUUCGUAAAAACUAAAAUUUAUGUUGUUUGGUAAUAAUAAAAUGAAUUCCCAGGCAUUUGUUUCUAUUGAAGGAGUGGAUAUUGAGAGCGCUUCUGAAAUAAAAUUUCUUGGAGUCAUUAUUGAUGGAAAAAGAAAUUGGAAACCACACAUCAAAUAUUUACAAAAUAAAAUAUCAAGGAGUAUUCCAGUAAUAAAUAAAGCAAAAUUGUUUUUAGAUUUUGAUUCUCUCUAUAUUCUGUACUGUUCUUUAGUUCUUCUAUUUACCUUACUGUGUGGAAGUCUGGGGAAAAAACUCAUUGCAUCUCUAUUCUCCAAAAAAAGAGUAAUACAUAUCAUUCAUAAGAAAGGAUAUGUGGAUCACACUCAUUUCCUUUUUUUUGAUUCAAAGAUUUUAAAAUUUGCUGAUUUGGUGCAUUACCAAACAGUGCAAAUUAUGUUCAAAGCAAAAAAUAAUAAACUGCCUCGUAAUAUUCAACAAUUGCUUAAUUUAGAAGAAGGGCAGUAUGAUCUUAGAAGGACAUUUAAUUUCAAAAGGAUUAGGAUGAGUACAACAAUGAGAGGUUUCAGUAUAUCAGUUUGUGGAGUAAGGAUGUGGAAUGCUCUGAAUGUAGAGUUAAAAAUAUGUCAAAGUAUUUAUCAAUUUAAGAGAAUGUUUAAUUAGUCAAUAUUUCAGUGUUACAUGUGCGAAACUGUGCAAUGAUGUUUUUUUUUUUUAAGUUGUUUUAUUUAUCUUUGUGUGUUUAUUUACUUAUUGAUUUGUGAUAUUGAUAUGCACGUACAGCAUGUAUAGUUUUGAAUUAUAUGAAGGUGUGUUUUAAGUAUAAAAUUCAUUAUAUUUUGAAUGUGUAGGGGUGGGACCUAAUAAGCUAUGCUUCUUCUCACUCCUUUUCAGAUGCUUCAGUGUUAUUAUUUCAAAUAAUUUUUGUGUGGAUUUUGAGGCUGAUUAAUUUUAACAUCUGAAAUAAAAUAAAUCAAAUCAAAUAAAUAAAUCAAACAAUGUAAAACAGGGGUCACCAAAAAAAUGUCCAGGGGUUCCAGACUGCUCCCCAAAAGUUUUCACUUUCAAAAAGAUUACGGACCCCUCCUAUACAAAAACAGAAAACUCACUGGCAGGCUAAGAAAUAUUAGUGGUAAAAGUGAAAGUAGCAAUUGUGAGAAAAGGGAACAAAAAGGCUCAAGGAACUCUAGUAACAUUUCUUAAUUUUUUUCAAUGUCCUUUUACUUGUUGGUCUUGCCACCCUUAUUAUUUUUAACUUCACCUUUAAGGCACAUUUGCUAGAUUUAGCUUACAUUUUUUAUAUUAAGCAAACACUUUUUUCAUUUUGAAAUACCUACCCAUUGUUACAUCAUUUGUGUCACAUUAUGAAUGAAACCCCCACCAUGUCGCGGCAGGAAUUUCCCCUACACGAAUUGAGGAACUUUCACAAGAAAGUAAAAGCAGAAAUUGGGAGAAAAUGGUGCAGUUCCAAGAUAUUCAAGUCAUGUUUCUUUAAAAAAAAAUUCCAGUAUGCAAUCGUUUUAUUUGUUGGUCUGCCGACAUUCAAGAUGUUUAUUGUGAUUUGUGAGGUAAAUUUAGCUAUUAACGCAUAUUGAAGACACGUUUGCUAGCAAAAUUUAUGAGGCACAUGCAUUUCCUUUUUUUCCAUGGGCUACUUAUUCCACUGUUACAUAAUGUGUGUCACGUUAAGAAUGAAAUCCCAACAUGUUGCAGCAGGAAGAAUUUCCUGUCAGGCACCAGACGACACAUUUCAUACUGUGAAUUGAGAAACCUGUGACUCAACUGCAACUAUUAAGAUGAGUCAGUGUAGUUUUCUUGACAAUUACGUACCAAACACAAAUACUGUACUUACCAAUUAUGCUUUGCUUCUAUCAGGUCCAUGAAAUGAGUUUAGCCGCCAGCAAUGUCAUUUCAUUUCCUUUUUCAUCACUUACAAAUUGCAAACAGUGUUGCUACCUUGCCUAAGGUAGUGAAUCCCUGUACAUCUAGAAAAAAUGGUUCCUAGAAACCAAUUAGAAAUUGGUUAGUCAAACUAUAAUAUUCCACAAAUGUUUUAACUAUGAGUCACAUUAUGUCUGAAAAUCUGUUCUAGGUUGAUUAUUAUAUUACCGUAUUGGCCCAAAUAUAAGACGGCCUUGAUUAUAAGACGACCCCCUCUUUUUCAAGACUCAAGUUUGAAAAAAGACUUUUUGAACACCAAAUUAUAAUUACAGCACAUCUGAAACAAAUGAUUGUAACAAUAUAUUUGAGAGAAAAACAUUUUAUUUUGCCUCAUUCAAAUCUUAAUAUCUGAACAUUUAAAUAUGUACACAAAUCACAUUCGUAAAUAAAUGGCUCCUAAUCUUUGAAAUGUAAAUAAACCAAUCUAUUGUGAUAAAACAACAAAAUUACAAUAACUGCAUUAACCAUUGAAGUGAAGUCUUACUGGAACUGUAGUCUUGAAACAAAUCUGAAUAAGGAAAAACAUUGCAAUAAAAUAAUGCAAACUGGUUAAACUUGGGAGUAGCUGAGAUCUGUCAUGACAGAACAUCACUUCAAUGAUAUCGGCGCCAUCUAGCGCCGUGAAUGGGUAUAAUGUCUAGACCGCGACUAUAAGACGACCCCCACUUUUUCAGUCAUAUUUCAAUGCAAAAACACCGUCUUAUAUUCGGGCCAAUACGGUUUCUGCACUUUUAAAAUGGACGGGUGCAUUUUGUAUUAAUAUGUCAAAUAUUUAAAUAUAUAGUUUAUUAAAAAAUAAAUCCAAAGGUUAUAUAUAGUGACUUCUUCUUGAGUCAAGUUGAUCAC